GCGGAAAACAGCAGUCAUGUUUGUAUCGUAUAGCUAGCAUCUCUGCUGUGUAGCUACAUUUUUAGCGAGUGUAAAUGCUCCACUUUUUACCCAGGCUGUUCCUCUGCCUCUCUAAUCAUGAACAGGACGCCGUUGAAGCGCUUCACUAUCUUGAAGAUGGCUCUGGCCGGCUCGGAGACGAUGGACGAGGACGGACACGGAGAGACUUUCAUACUGCGCGCUGCCAAAAUAGCAGCUGUGGUUGCACUGUACUGGUUCGUUUCAAUAACAAUGGUGUUCCUUAAUAAUUACUUGCUGGACAACCGAGACCUGGACGCGCCGUUGUUUGUCACUUUUUAUCAGUGUGUGGUGACUGUCGGGCUGUGCUGGCUCAUGCAGAUGUUGUCCAAGUUGUGUCCGGGGCUCAUCGACUUCCCGUCGUUCAAAUUCGACGUGAAGACGUCUCGGGAGGUCCUGCCGCUGUCCGUCGUGUUCAUCGGCAUGAUCACCUUCAACAACCUGUGCCUGAAAUAUGUCGGAGUGGCUUUCUACACCGUCGGCCGGUCACUCAGCACAGUUUUCAAUGUGCUGUUAUCUUAUGUUAUUCUGAAACAAACUACAUCUUUCCAAGCCUUGCUGUGCUGUGGGAUCAUACUAGGUGGAUUCUGGCUUGGUGUGGAUCAGGAGGGCAUAGCAGGGUCCCUCUCCUGGUCAGGAGUCUUUUUUGGGGUACUUGCCAGCGCUUGUGUUUCUCUCAAUGCCAUCUACACCAAAAAGGUAAUGCCAGCGGUGGAUGGAAACAUCUGGAAACUGUCCUACUACAACAACAUCAAUGCCUGCGUCCUCUUCCUGCCCCUCAUUCUCGUGUUUGGAGAGUUGGGCCGUCUUGCCAGCUUCAGCCACCUCACUGACCUCGGUUUUUGGGGUAUGAUGACACUCGGAGGAGUGUUUGGUUUCGCCAUCGGCUACGUCACAGGUCUCCAGAUCAAGUAUACCAGUCCACUCACACACAAUGUCUCAGGGACAGCAAAAGCCUGUGCGCAGACUGUCAUUGCAGUAGUGUAUAACUCCUCCAGUAAAAGCCUGCUGUGGUGGACCAGUAACUUGUUGGUUCUUGGUGGCUCGUCAGCCUACACUUGGGUCAAAAGUCUAGAAAUGAAAAAGACUCCCCACAGAGACCCUCAGGACUCAGCCAAGGAAAAACUCAUUCAAAGGGAGAAGGGCAACCUCGGAGUGUAACCACUGUCCAGCGAAACCUUAAGCUGAGCAACCUUCAGCUUUUAUCCAUAUGGCGUGAGAAUGUGAAAUAAUGUAACUUUAAGAAUAUACCUGAGUAGAUUGAAGGGAUUCAUACAUGUAAUCAUGUUUUGUUGGAUUUAAUAGUCUUGUGGUUUUUAUACAGUCUGACUUAAGAUCUGAAGGAAUUUAUAUAUACAUAUAUAUUUAAAGCUUCACAUUCAUUUGAGGCAUUUUUUUUAUUGUUUUUAAUUGAUAUGACAAAAAUAUAAUAAUGUGUCUUUUAUGAUCAAGUCUUUAAGUAAAGGAUAAAUUCACAGGGAGGGUAUAAGAUAUUUGCUCAGUUUGAGGAUAUUGGGAUCAUUUUCAAACAGAAAUUCUAUGCCAGUUGUUUAUUUCUGAUUAAAUUUUAUUUGCAAACGUGCAAAUUGCUGCCACUUUUUAUAAAAAUUAUAUCACAAUCAUGUCAAUGUUUGAAGGGUAGCCUUUGGCGAGGAGCUGACCUGUUUUCUCAAAUACAAACAAAGCCAAGACAACAGCAUGUUUGUGACAUCUUGUAGUUCAUAGAGGAUACAACAGACAAGGUAAUCAGAAACCUCUUGUCAGUGGAACUAACAUACAAAAAGGCCUUUUACCUCCAAAGAAAACGCUACUUCAGCAUUUUGAACUGUUGUAGUCACAAUCUUGUGCAUUAUUUGCUCCAACACACUAUGUUUCUGAAAAGACAUAUUUUCAUUUCAAUACAAAAGUGGGACACACUGAAGGAAGGCCCUGUUCAGAAUAUUUAUAAGAAGGUCUCAUGGGUCACAUGUUGUUCUAAUGACCAAAGUAGGCCUUACAUGUGUCAACGUCUUUAUAUGUUGCAGCAGUAUACAGUUUCACCAUGGCUGAGAAUUCUUAGUUUGCACUUGUCAUUCACUCUUUACUUGUGGUUUUAUUGUAAAGCAGGUACCUCUUUUUAUCAGCCUGGGAAUGUUUUUCGGGAAACCAUUGUCUGUCAGCUUUUUAAAAUGUCUUUAAAUCAUUGUAACACUUCAGUUUAACAAAAUCACUGUCGGAGAGUUUAAAAGAAAACAUUAAAGAUAGUGUACUAUUUAAAAGUUGUUAAGUUUUCUUAUCAUAAACAAAGAUUGUACUUUGUGGUUUUACUAUUAAAUAAUGAAAUUAGA